GUUAGGAGCGCCACAAUAACAACUCUUGUAGUGAUACCCUUAAUAGCCUCUGCGCAAGUGUGCGUCGUAUCUGCGCGUACGGAGAUUGACAGAAAUCUAACAAUAACAGCAUGUAGCUGAACACAAAUCGAUUACCGAUAAAACAUUUUCUAAUAGACCAGAUAAGCAGCCACAAAGUGUUGCAGAUAUAACUAAAUAAGAAAGUUUCUACAUAGUGAACUCUAGAUUAGGUAGAAUUCUUAUAUUUCGAUGUGAAAAUAAUGCUAAUCCUGCCAUAUAUCCACUAUCUAGAUCGCUAAUGCAGAACUUGAGCAGGGCAUUGUAAACAUAGGCUAGACCGUCGUUUAUGGCCUACGAUUGGACAUAAUUUUGGGGUGAACAUGGCAGCAAGCAAUUAAAUAGUUGCACGAACGGUUGUGGCAAGAUCACUAGAAGUAUGCAAUCACUUAUAGUAUGAAUUUCAUUGAAUUAAUUAUGUUAAUUGUGUUAUUUUUAGGAAUUUUAUAAUUGUAUUCACGUCGCAAUAAAUUAUUGAAUUGGGAUCUUGCCUUCUUUACACCGCCCCGGCAACAGCUUAUAAAAUUCUUCUAUGGCGUCGAAGAAGUUGCCUUGUUCCGCUCUAGAACCACCCGGGUUGACCGAAGGUAAUCCGGACAACAACGUUGAUGGGAUCGUUACGACUAGCGCAAGUAAACCUUCUGUCGUCAUCGUACCACCUCCCAAUGCCGAAAAUCAGGUAGCCGUCGAUAUUGCCGGUAGUAUGUUGCCCUCACAUUCAAAACAAAUACACAUCGACAACAAUGAUCAGAACAGCGCCGCUUCUGCAAACAAUGCUAGACGAAAUCCGUUGCGCAAAGUAAGGAGAGAAAUGCAUCAUUUGUGCCAGCUGUGUGAUGAGCGUGAUACAAAUGAUAUGGUGCAAUGCGCAGAAUGUAACUGGUGGUUUCACCUCAAAUGUGUACAAAUUACCAGAGAUUUCGCUACCGUUAAUUGGACAUGCAGAAGCUGUAAGGCUCCAUACAUGCUUGCCGACAAGCAACAACGACAAAUUGCUCCCCCGGAUACACUGUCAAAGCUACCAAAAUCACGAAGCUUGAAGAGCAAAGCUAGCUCUACCAGUGAAGCAAGAAAAUUGAUCGAACUUGAAAUGAGGAAGUUGGAAGAAGAAUUCCAGAUGGAAAAGCGGUUCAUCGAGAAAAAGUAUGAGUUAUUAAGGGAGUACGCGAGUGAAACGUCUUCAAUCGCUGAGGACAACGAAGAACGCGAGAAUUUGUCUAAGAUAGAGGAAUGGUUGGCCGAAACAUGUGACCAUGGAGAAGCGAUAGACUCUGGAUUAGUUGCAGAAGGAACCAGUGAGCAAACACCGAUCACUCCGGGUAAGCACAAAGAGCAUCGAAUUCCACGGGCUCCGCAAUCGUUGUCAGCACAUCAGCGAUGCCAAAGAGACCAGUCCUCUUUUCCUACAUCGGUUCCAGUUAUGCAGAACCAACCGUCGCAACCAUGUUUCGUCAACUCACAGCACUCACGGAUUCAGUUCGAAGAUUAUCCAAGGCAACCCUUGGACCUACAGUCUUGCUGUCACCAAAGGCCGUCGAUAUCAGCUCCACGAAACGUAGAGUUUUAUCAUCAACCUAGAGAAACUCGCGAGGAACUUCGAGGAGCGCACUUUCAAUCGAUUCGACAGGCACCGCUUUCCUACCCUGAGGCGCCGAUGAGAUCUACGUUUGAUCCAUCGAUGAAUCCUAUCUUGCCAAAUUCUAUCAAUAAUUUUGCACCACGUCAGCGUUCAACGCCGACACGAAUGACCCAGCAAAUAUCCGACCCACCAGCAAUCGAUGAUGAAACUAUUUGUAUACUAAGCCGGAGCCAAAUAGCAGCGCGGCAGGCGAUACCCCGAGACCUUCCUGAAUUCGACGGAGCACUGGAAGAUUGGCCGCUUUUUUACGCUACGUUUAAUUCGUCUACACAAAUGUGCGGUUUAACGAACGAGGAGAACAUGCUCAGACUGCGAAAAUGUUUAAAAGGAAAAGCAUUAGAGGCAGUUAGAUCUGAGUUGCUUCAUCCGUCGAACGUGGCGGAUAUUUUGUCAACCCUGAAGAUGUUAUAUGGCCGUCCAGAGGCAAUCGUUCAAUCCAUCGUUAGGAAAAUUAAAAACCUCCCUCCUCCGAACACGGAAAAUCUUGAAACCGUUGUCAAUUUUGCGUUGACGGUGAAAAAUAUGAUUGCAACAAUCCGUGCUUGCGAGGUCACUGAUUUUAUUUUCAACGCAUCUCUUCGGUACGAAUUAGUUGAGCGUUUGCCGUCCUCUUUGAAGUUAGACUGGGCCAGAUUCUCACGUAACCACCCCAGCCCAAAUCUUGCUGACUUUAGCGCAUGGCUAUAUUCCGUAGCAGAAGAUGCGAGCACGGUGAUGGCGUCAGGUCACGAACAAAAAAAUCGUGGCAAAAAAGACGGAUUCCUGAAUUACCAUUCCGAAUCGGACUCAUCGACUGAGACUCCUAUCCAAGCAAACUUGGAAACAGUAAAACCUAGUAUUCAGUGCUUGGUAUGUAAGGGAAAAUGUAUGGCCGUGACCAAGUGUGCUCGAUUCGAAGAAUUCAGCGUAGAUUCUAGGUGGGCCACAGUAGAGCGCCGGAACACAGACCUCGUCGGUAGUGUCGCCGUCCGGAAAUCAAUACCUGUUCGCUACCAAAGUGGAACGGGCGUCAAGAGAGCUGACACGGGUAGAAUAAUCCUUAGAUUCUCCGAAAGUGGCCUUUCAGCGGCCGAUGAAGCGAAAACCUUUUUCGUGACCGACGUGAAGUGCCAGUUCAACGGAAUAACAGUCCACCUGGGCUCUGCGUGUCGUCUGUCACGGGGUAACCGUCAUGGUCCGGCGGUCAACGUAUUCGUACCGGACGAACGAAUGGACGGCGAGACGAGAAGCGAAGAAACCCCGUCGACGAUUUCGGGUUAG